AGACAAGCUCUCAUAUUCCUUUCGUCUCUCCCUGUGGGACUCUUCCCACCUGAACUCCUCGUUGGCACCGUCUGUCUUAACUUAAUCUCUCUCUCUCUCAACUGACCCACCUGAUUAGGAAAAAGAAAAGGUAUACUUAAAUAUAAAUAGAAAACAAGAAGAGAGUACCCAACAACAACUCAAAGUCGACCCCUUCUUUUGUGGGUGCCAGUCUAAUAUGGCUUAAUUCCCAUACUCAUAGAAUACAACCAUAUUCAAACCCCUCCCAUUAUCCAGCUUAUUCCAUUGCCACAUUAUCCUUCACCCUCUCCAGCACAACCCAUUUCCUCUAAUUCCCAGGUAAUUCCAAGAAGAUCGCGACGAAGUCAAUAUUAGAGGGAUUUGAAGAAUUCGAAGUGGCUUUGAUCUCAUUUUUGAAGCACUUUAAUUUGUUAAGCAAUUAGCUUCCGGCCGGUAUGCCUUUCAUGAAUUGUGGGAAGGUUGCAUGAGAGAAGCUUUAUUAAUGGGUUUUCCUGAUCAUGAUCAAUGGCUAUCCGGUUCUGCAAUUCAGGAACUGAUCAACAUAAAAGACAGGAAAAUGCUUUCCGGGUAAAGUUGAUGGGCUUCUGCAAAAGCUGGUAUUACACCAUCUGGGUGAUUUUUUCUUUGUCAUUGUCAUCGUUUGCUCGAGGCUCAAACGAUUAUGACCUUGAUUCUUUAAAUGCUUUUAUUCAUGAUUAUGCAAAUAAAUCUCUAGGAAAUCCUCGUACAGGGAUUCUAUACAAUAUUUCCCUCCCUGCAAACUUCUCUGGCAUGGAAGUCUCAGCUAUCAGACUCCGAAGUGGGCAGUUUUGGGCAACAGGCCGAAAGAAGAUUAGCCUCUUCCAAUUCCCACCAAAGAUUCGACCAACGCCUUAUGCCAAAAGGAUAGCCAUUCUGUGUCAAAACUUAGGCAACUGGUCAUCUUAUUACUAUAACGUGCCUGGCUAUAGAUUGGUUGCUCCUGUGGUCGGAUUCGUGGCAUAUGAUUCUUCUAAUUCAAGCACCUUAGGCAAUCUUAAGGUCAACUUCAGCGUCAUGGGGAAGCCUAUUUCAGUUCAUUUUUCUCAUGAUAUUGUGCUUGGAGGAAAGGACUUGACACCAAAAUGUGUCAAAUUUGGUAAGGAUGGAUCGUUUACACUGCAGGACAUGAAUGAGUCGUACGUUUGUGUUUCACGAAGUGCAGGUCAUUUUUCUGUUGUUGUACCAAAGAAACAUGAUCAGAGGAUUCUGAAAUUUUGGGUGCUUGGAUUCGGGCUAGGAUUCGUUGUGCUGGUUCUAGGGGGUUUGGUUUUGGCAGCCAUCUUCAGACUGCUAAGGAGGAGGAAGAUCAUGAAAAUGGAGCAGCAGACUGAAAGAGGGGUAGCUUUCGACACAUUUUGGAUUGGAGGGAGUAAAUUGCCUUCUGCAUCAAUGAUUAGAACUCAGCCAGCCCUUGAGAAUGAAUGCGUUCCUUGAUUCACAAUUUGGUUUAAUUGUACAUCUUUUUCUUUUUCUUCCUUCUGUUGUCCAGAAAUUUCUUCAGUUCCCACUAUUUACAGGUGGAGAUACCUUUGUUCCCUUUUAUGCCUUUUCAACUGCCAAAGAAAGCGAUUAGUAUUGA